AUGCACGUAGCCCUCAUCAACACCUGGGGUUCACCCCCAACCUACACAACCGUCCCGGACCUCCCAGAACCAUCCUCAACACAAAUUCGCCUCCGCGUCCUCGCAACAGGCGUCCACCGCCUCGUCCUCUCCCGCGCUUCGGGAAAACACUACACGGCAUCCACGCUCCCGCACCUCCCCGGCGCAGACGGCGUAGGCGAGGACCCAACCACCGGCCAGCGCUACUUCUUCGCCGCCCUCGCGACGGGCACCUUUGCGGAAUUCGUCAAUGUCGAGCGAGCUGCGGUUGCACCACUUCCGGAAGGCGCAGACGCGGCCGUGGUCGCUGCUUUCAUGAACCCCGUCAUGAGCAGCUGGAUGGCCCUGUCUGCGCGCGCGGCGCCGCAGGAGAAGGGGUUCACUGUCGCGAUUUUGGGAGUGACGAGUGCGAGUGGACGAGUAGCUGUUGAUGUUGCUCGUGCCAAGGGCGCGGGAAGGAUUAUUGGUAUUGCGAGGAAUGCUGCUGCUAUGGAGGAGAUUCCGAUUGAUGAGCGCAUCGUUCUCAAUGGUGGAGAGACAGACUGGUCGAAGUUGGGCGAGGUGGAUGCUGUGUUGGAUUAUGUCUACGGCGCCCCAGUCGUGGAGCUCCUCAAGGCCUUGCCCAAGUCGGAGAAGGAGGUGCAGUAUGUUCACAUUGGCUCUGUGUCUGGCGACGGGGAUAUUACCCUUCCCGGGGCGAUCUUGCGGGGGAAAAGGGUCGCGCUCCGUGGUGCUGGGCCGGGCAGCUGGCUCAUGAGGGAGUAUGCGAACGAGCUUGGUGGGAUGGUUGGUGUGACUGCUGGUUUGAAGGGCAAGGAAGUCAAGGUGAUUGCGAUGAAGGAUGUUGAGAAGGGAUGGAGCGAGGCAGGAUUGGGGAAGACGCGUGUUGUUUUCGUAAGCGAUGACCUCGUGAAGUCAUCUUGA